CAAGUUAGCUCCUCUUCCUCGUGUGCGGCGCGCGUCGGUCUCAGGUAGACCUUCUUGAAUGCUAAUGCAAGCAUUCUGCCGCUCGGCCAGGCUAGGCCGCUAUGCGGUGACCCCUUCACUGGCAUGUCGACCAACCAACUUGGGUCAACAUCACUUUUCGCUCCGCCAGGCCAGGCAGCUCGCCACGGAGGCUCCCUCCUCUUCCUCAACAAAGCCCAAGAUCCCCAUUGAACCCCGUCCGCGAUCCAAGUACCUGCGUCGGACGUUCACGGGCAUCAAAUACACGGGUUACCUCUGCGCGUCUACAGUUGUUGGAAUCAUCGUGCUCGGCGCGGGCAUCUUCGUCCACGAUGCGUUCACGUAUACGGACAAGCACAUCGACAAGGUUCCCAUCUCCCCGCUCGCGUUGCACCCUCAGAAGGGUGGACCCAAGAACCUGCCCAUUGUUGCGUCCCUCGUGGACGACCAGGAGGACGAUGAAAUGAAGGAACUCUCGACGAAGCCAAAGCUCGUUGUUGUUGGUGGCGGCUGGGGCGCUGUUGCAACGUUGCAAUCACUGAACGCAGGAGACUACCAUGUGACCGUCGUGACAGGGGAGACCUUCACCACUUUCACUCCUUUGCUGCCUUCUGCUGCAGUCGGUACGGUCCAGGUUCGGAGCUUGGUUGAGCCUAUCCGCAAGGUCAUCGCACGUCUACGGGGUCACUUCAUAUCCGGAAAAGCCGUCGAUCUGGUCAUGGGCGAACGUCUUCUGGAAGUCGAAACGAUAAGUUCAAACGGUGAAAAGAAACAUAUCUACGUUCCUUACGACAAGAUUGUCAUUGCUUGCGGCUCUGUUUCGAGUACACACGGUGUUCCCGGACUUGAACAUUGCUUCCAGCUGAAGACCAUUUCGGACGCUCAGGGUAUUCGCCGCCGCAUCAUGCAGAACUUCGAAGUUGCCAGCCUUCCGACCACCACGCCUGAAGAGCGGAAGCGAUUGCUAAGCUUUGUGGUGUGUGGUGGUGGACCUACGGGUGUGGAGACGGCCGCCGAGAUCUACGAUUUCUGCCAGGAGGAUAUCAUGAACUACUAUCCUAAAAUAUGCCGGGAGGAGGUUUCUAUACAUGUCAUUCAAUCUCGGGAACAUAUCCUUAACACCUACUCGGAGGCGAUCUCAAAAUAUGCUGAGGACAAGUUCGCGCGCGAUAAGGUUGACCUAAUCGUCAACUCGCAUGUCGCCGCCGUGCACCCUGAUCACGUCGUGUACACCACCCGCGAUGAGAACGGUAAAACCAUCGAGCACCAGAUCCCUACCAACUUUGUCCUUUGGUCAACCGGCAUUGCUAUGAACCCAUUCUCGCAGCGUGUCUCGGAUCUGCUGCCGAACCAGGUGCACAAGAAGGCAGUCGUCACGGACUCGCAGCUCCGCGUGAAGGGCGCGCCGCGUGGAGAGGUGUAUGCUAUCGGUGACUGUGCUACUAUUGAAACUUCGCUCAUCGCCAAUCUGCUAGAGCUCGUCGAAGAGUCCGACAAGGAUAAGAACGGCAAGAUUGACUUUGAUGAGUGGGAGUUUAUGGUACGCAGGAUUAAGCAACAGAUCCCUCUGGCCGAGGAUCACCUCCAGAAAGUUCGCCACUUGUUUGAACUCUAUGAUGCCGACCAUGACGGUAGCCUCACUCUGAACGAACUCGCCGUCCUCCUCCAAGAUGUCGGCAACAAGAUCACCGCUCUGCCUGCUACCGCCCAAGUAGCCUCUCAGCAAGGCAAAUACCUCGGCAAGAAACUGAGCAAGAUGGCAAAGGCCAAGCCUAACCUCGUCGAGCACGGCCUUUACGACACCGACGAAGCCGUCUCGUCGGCAUUCCGGUACUCACACCUGGGCAAUCUGGCGUACAUCGGUAACGCGGCGGUGUUCGAUCUCGGAAAGAUGUCGUUCAUGGGCGGGCUCCUCGCCAUGUAUGCGUGGCGGAGCGUGUACUGGAGCGAGCAGGUGUCGGCAAGGACGCGCGCACUGCUUAUGAUUGAUUGGAUUAUUCGGGGCGUGUGGGGAAGAGACCUUUCUAUACUUUGAAACGGCCAACGGACCCUACUAGCUCUCAUUCUUCAUUUUACAUAUUUAGAUGUCUAGAUUUGCACAACAAGACGAUUAUCGUGGAUCCUUUGUCAUUAAUCGAGUCAUCGGCACUCUUGCUUUCAAGAUAUCCCAAAUAUUGCACCAUUUUGUUGUGUCCUAGUGUACUACUCGUGGCACUCGAGGGACCCAACGAUUGCUAUCCGCCCUGUAAAGGAGGUUUGAUUCGGCGCGAGGAUCGUCAUCUUGCGGUUUUUGACAUCUAUGCUUGUGACAUAAAGGUAUCCGACGACGGUCAAGUCCAGGACUUCUUCGUCGUAACGUUCGGCUUCGUCCGGGUUGGGCGGCGAAAGGAGCGCAAGCACUGCAUCGAGAAGGCCCGAACCUGGCGAAGCAGGAUCGACAGGGACGGGCUGCAUCUCCGAGACGGUGCGACUUGCUCCGAUUGGAAGGGCGGAAGAAGGCGCCAUCGCCUCUCCUCCGAUGCGGUAGAUUGUCAGUGUGUCGAAGUCGACGACGGACGACGACGGCGAGAGGAUGAGGUCCGUGAGUGCUUCUCCUCCCAGCGUCGCGGCGGACAGGCCGGGGGGCGGGUCGAUUUUCUGGCCGUACAUGUACGCCUGCAUCUGGUACUUUUGCACGCGCUCGCGGUAGCUGUGGUCGAGCUCGACGACGCCGCCGGAUUUUGGGAUCUUGAGAACGAUGAGCUUCGCGCUGAAGAGGCGUUGCAUUUCGACGGUGAGCUUUUCGUGGCCGACGACGAGGAUGACGUUCACUCGGAAGGCAUCGACGCAUGCUUUGAUGAGGGAGUGUCUGCGUUCGGCUUCUCCUGCUGGACCAGAGGCAAAGGUGGAGGGCGUGUCGAUAAUGAACCCGGACGCUCGACCUUCAGCGUCAUUUUCGUGUCUGUCGUAAGCAUUCUCCCCAAGGUUUCGAAUGAGACGGUCGAGCAAGAGUGGAUUCCGCUUGAUGUCGGUGUGCCCAUACCAGUACGACAAGGGCAAGAGCGCGUUUGACGACAGCGCGGUCGGUGCCGAGGUCGCUGUGGCUCCGAACGGGUUUGCGGGGGAGGAGGUGGAUAUUGGACUAGAGACCGGUGCUGCAGAGACACAGCCAGGCACGGACCACGCACCCUCACUCGGAUCCGUGUUCACUAAUAGAGGGCUCCACUUUUGACCGGCACGAACUGCGUAGUUGGUCAGUAUCUUGCAGAUCGUUGUCUUUCCAGAAUUCUCGGGUCCCAGGACCAAGACACGAGGGGGUUCGGAGCUGGCUCUUGGAUCGUCGCCAGGUAUAGGAGAGCCCCGAAUAGCACUCUGUGCUCGGACGCGCAUCUGUUCAAAGGCGAUGUGAAGGUUGGCGUAGGCACUCAUAGGGGUUUCUUCUGAAACAUAUUCUGUUGAAGCUGUACCGGUGACCUCGAGCGUGCAGCCCUGCCAGGUGUACACAGCAGCCUUGCAUUCACAUCCAAAGAUGUAUGUUUUGCCUUCUGCGAGUUCUGCGCCGAAGAUUUCUGCGAGACCACGCACGAGCUUGAUAGCAAGCACUGCUCCUGGGUCGAGCUCAAACCUGUACUCUGUCUCUGGACCGAGAUCCCAUUUUUUGGUUGUAGACACUGUGUUCUCUAAUGCCUCUGACAUCAGGGAAGCAGUAGUGACUGAAAGUGGAUCAAGGAUCGCUCAAGCUCACUCUCGAGUCUAGUCAGUAUGUCGGACGAAGGCUCCGAAGGACGAUUCACCCGUGGAGAACGGUGCAGAUGGUGGAUGGGCACUGGGCACACUAA